AUGACAAACUCUGAGAAAUUUGUGACUCCAAGAUUUGAUGGCCAUUAUGAUCAUUGGUCGAUGUUGAUGGAGAAUUUCUUGAGGAGCAAAGAGAUGUGGAACCUGGUGGAUGAAGGUAUUCCAGCACCAGCAAUUGGGAUUUCUUCGGCAAGUGAGGCCCAUAGGAAAAGUGUCGAAGAAACAAAACUCAAAGAUCUGAAAGUUAAGAAUUAUCUCUUUCAAGCGAUUGACAGAGAGAUCAUGGAAACCAUUCUUGACAAAAGAACAUCAAAGGCAAUAUGGGAUUCAAUGAAACAGAAGUACCAGGGAUCAACCAAAGUAAAGAGAGCGCAACUGCAGGCAUUGAUGAAGGAGUUUGAAAUGCUGGUUAUGAAAGAAGGAGAAAAGAUCGAUGGCUUCAUUUCACAAACCCUCAUGGUGGUAAAUAAAAUGAAAGUGAAUGGAGAAGAUAUGAAGCAAAGCACAGUGGUGGAUAAGAUUUUGAGAUAUUUGACUCCCAAAUUCAAUUAUGUUGUAUGUUCAAUUGAGGAGUUAAAUGACAUAGAUACUAUGACUGUUGAUGAGCUCCAUGGAAGUUUGCUUGUUCAAGAGCAAAGAAUGCAUGGGAAUUAG